UAGGUGGAUUUGUACUGAAAAAGGUCAGGUUACCAUCAGAUAUCUAAACCUGCAUAAGUAGGUCCAGCCUUUUGGUGCAAAGAAUUUAUUCAAUUCUAAAAACUCCCAUUAUAACUCUUGGGUUAAGUAGCAUUUGAUAAGAGCAAUUCUUAAUGUCUUCCAAGAAUCUUGCUUUUGGUAUAUAUCACUUGUUACUAUGUUGACCAAAACUUGACUUUGGUUGUAAACUAUUUUAGUAUCCAAAGAGAAGGAGCAUAGAUCCAAUGAAAAGUUUUCUGCUUAUCUUUCACUUCUUGUUGCAGAUAUUGUUAUGUGGCUUUCUAUGCUCAAUUUCUAAUGCAAAAGAUACUAUCACUGCAACUGAUUUUCUAACGGAUGGUAAGACCAUUAGUUCAUCUGAUGGAUGCUUUGAGAUGGGAUUUUUUUCCCCGGCUAGUUUCACGAAUAAUUGGUAUGUCGGUAUAUGGUACAAGCAUUAUGUACCUGACAAGUCCGUGGUAUGGGUUGCCAAUAGAGCAAAUCCAAUCACCAACACAUCAGGUGCUAUGUUGAAAAUCGCCAAUCCAGGACGACUUGCUCUUCUCACUGCUGCUAAUACGAUCGUGUGGUCUACUAAUUCAUCGAGGCCUUUGGCUGCGAAGAAUCCUAUUGCACAGUUGUUGAACUCGGGGAAUCUUGUUGUAAGAGAUGCAAAUGAUGCUAAAGUUGAGAACUUCCUGUGGCAGAGUUUUGAUUAUCCUACUGAUACACUCUUACCAGGCAUGAAGAUGGGUAAGAACUUUGUGACUGGACAAGAAUUUUACCUCUCCUCAUGGAAGAACGAAUAUGAUCCAGCUCCAGGGGAAUAUACAUAUCAUUGUGAUCCCACAGGAUAUCCUCAGGAUGUCAUGAGGAAAGGUAAAGUUAAGGUGUUCAGUACAGGACCCUGGAAUGGACUCCGCUGGAGUGGUGUACCAGGACUGACAAAAAAUAACAUUUAUACGUUUAAGCUGGAUUUUGAUGAAAAGAAAGCAUUUUACAGCUUCGCGCUUCUGGGUCCUGUUAUGACCAAAUUAACCAUGAACAGUAAUGGUGUGCUCCAGCGUUCAUUGUGGGCUGAGAAUAGACAGGAAUGGCAUGUUUACCUUUCUUCACCAGCAGAUACUUGUGACAACUAUGGAACAUGUGGUGCAUAUGGUAGUUGCAACAACAUACUCACUCCUGUGUGUAGCUGCUUAGACAAGUUUGUACCUAAAGAUCCAAGAAAUUGGGCAGUGACAAAUUGGUCCGGUGGGUGUGUUAGAAGGAAACCCCUUAAUUGCCAGAAGGGAGAUGGGUUUCUCAAGUACUCUGGUAUAAAGCUACCAGAUACACAGUAUUCAUGGUUUGAUGCGAGUAUGACACUCCAUGAGUGCAAGCAAACUUGCUUGAGGAAUUGCUCGUGUAUGGCUUAUUCAGAUCUUGAUAUACGCAAUGGUGGAAGUGGCUGUUUGCUAUGGUAUGGCAACUUAAUUGACAUUCACGAAUUACCUGGAGGACAGGACAUUCACAUAAGGAUGGCUAACUCAGAGUUAGGCUCGAAGAAAACAAAACUAGUUGUGUUGAGUCUCUCACUAUUGAUUGGAGCGACUGUGAUUGGCCUGGUCAUAGGGCUGUAUAUUCGGAAAAAGAAGAAGAAGAGGAAGAUGAAUCUCAAAGAUGACCUAGACCUCCCACUGUUUGCCUUAUCAAUUCUAAAUAAAGCAACCUCUAAUUUCUCAGUCGAAAACAAGAUUGGAGAAGGUGGAUUUGGAUCUGUUUACAAGGGAAUCCUAGAAGGAGGACAAGAAAUAGCUAUAAAGAGGCUCUCCAAGUCUUCCUCGCAAGGAGUUAACGAGUUCAAGAAUGAAGUUAUUUGCAUUGCCAAACUUCAGCAUCGAAAUCUUGUGAAGCUUAUAGGUUGCUGCAUUGCAAGAGGAGAAAAAAUGCUGGUUUAUGAAUACAUGCGCAACAGAAGUCUAGAUCUCUUCAUAUUUGAUGAAACGAAGAGCUUGUUACUCGACUGGCCUAAGCGCUUCAACAUCAUCAAUGGAAUUGCUAGAGGACUUCUGUAUCUGCAUCAAGAUUCUCGGCUAAGAAUUAUCCACAGAGAUCUCAAAGCUAGUAACAUUUUGUUAGAUGCGGACAUGAACCCCAAGAUCUCGGAUUUUGGCAUAGCUAGAAGUGUUGUAGGGAAUGAGACUGGUGCUAAUACACACCAUGUGGUUGGGACACAUGGCUACAUGUCCCCAGAGUAUGUAGUCCAUGGUGUUUUCUCUGUAAAAUCAGACGUGUUUAGCUUUGGUGUGUUAGUUCUAGAGCUAAUUAGUGGUCGGAGAAACAGAGGAUUUUCCCAUGAAAGUCACAGUAUCAACCUUCUCGGACAUGUAUGGAAACUUUACAAAGAAGGUAGACCAUUGGAGCUAAUUGAUGCACAUCUAACAGAUUCGUGCUAUAUUUCUGAAUUGCUACGCUUAAUCCAUGUCGCUCUAUUAUGUGUACAACAAUGUCCAGAAGACAGGCCAGACAUGCCCACAGUGAUCUUGAUGUUGGCUAAUGAUGCUAUUUUGCCUGAAGCUAAGGAACCUGGUUUUUUCACAGAAAGCAAAGUUACAUCUGAAUAUUCUACAAGCAUGUGUUCAACAAACGAAAUUACCGUCACGCUGUUAGAACCUCGGUAAAUUUUGUAUCAUAGAACCUUGGUGUACAUCAAGCUUGAUAGUUAGACCCUUUGUUGAGUUUUUUUUUUUUUUUUUUUUUUGCUGAUAUUUGAAUCUAUGUAUUUAUCAAAUUGAUCCAGAAACCAACUUUGCAUGAAGUAUUAUUAAUUAUGGAUUUCUUUUCUCAAAUCUAGCUACGGAUUAUGAUGAGGAAAACCUAGAUUGACUCCAUAGUGUUCAAUGGAGGCUAAAGUUAGGUAAAGUAAUCUCCUCUUUAGUUCCUUAGCUUCCCUCCUAACUUUUGCAUCUUGUUGAAAGAUGUAAAGAGAAACAGUGUUUAGUGAUGUAAACCCAUAGUUGCCUAUGAUAUGGGAUCUGUUAUUAGUAGUUAAGCAUUUCACUUAACAGCAAGUAAUAUAUGUGAGAAAUUUUGUUGAA